UACUAAAAUAAAUAAAUCAAUCAAAAUCAAUGGCACCGACAUUGGGUUAUUGGAAUAUACGUGGAAAAGGCGAACCAAUUCGCUUAUUGUUGACCUAUACGGGCACCAAAUUUGAGGACAAACGGUACAGUCCUAGUAGUAGUGAUGAUUGGUUCAAACGGGACAAACAGUCGCUGGGAUUUGACUUUCCUAAUCUUCCCUACUAUAUUGAUGACGAUAAUGAUGUAAAACUGACACAACAACUGGCCAUUUGUCGAUACAUUGCCGGCAAACACCAGGGUUUGUCCGGUCAGUCCGGCGAAGAGCAACGGCGGGUGAAUGUUGUUGAACAACAAUUGACUGAAAUGAGUUCACAGUUUUCCCAAUUGAUGUUACAUCCAGAUUAUGAUACAAUAAAAGCCGAUUAUCUGGAAAAACGUUUGUCGCCGAGUUUACAACUAUUGGGCAAAUUUCUAGGGGAUCGACCGUUUUUGGCCGGACAAACAGUCACUUAUGUAGACUUUAUUGCCUUUGAAUUAUUGGAAAAACUUAACGCUUGGCAACCAUUGGAGGUCUACUCGAAAGUCGAUAAACUAAAACAGUUUACCUCAAGAGUCCGAUCGUUGCCAUCGAUUGCCAACUAUUUGCUAACCGCACCCAAUGUCCCGUUUAAUGGACCACAUUUCAAAUGGGGCGGUAGUGUCUAA